UAUUUUUCUUUUUUUUUUAAUAACAUAGUGAUAGUGACAUAGCUAUCCUUCAAAAAUCAAAACUAUUACCAUAUUUUCAAACUGACCAUAGGGUCUAGAUCUACACCUAGACUAGGUCUGAACAGAUCUAGAUCAAGUAAUCUUAGUUUGAUUGCUUGAAUUACACCAUGGAUAAUUCUUUAUCGGAUAUAACUAUUAGAGCUGCAAAACCAGAAGAUUGUCAUGAAAUCGUGAGACUAAUUAAGGAGUUGGCAGUUUUUGAGAAGCUGGAAGAUCAAGUCAAAAUGACAGCAGAAGUUUUACAAAAAGAUUGUUUUGGUGACAGACCUUUAUGCUACUGCAUAGUAGCUGAGCAGCAAGACUCACCAGAGCUCGUGGGCUAUGCCUUGUACUUCUCGAUUUACUCAACUUUUGAGGGCGCAUCUUUGCAUUUGGAAGACCUUUAUGUUAAUCCAGCUUACAGGGGGCGAGGGAUCGGUACACAGUUGUGGAAGAGGGUUACUAAGCACGGGUUGGACCUGGGUUGUAACAGGCUUCAGCUGACUGUGCUUGGCUGGAACACCAAGGCUAAAGAUCUUUACACGCACUAUGGCUUCAAGGACCUAACAGAGUCCGAAGGUUGGCAUCUGAUGCGGAUGUCCAGGGCAACCAUGGAAGACUUUGUAAAAGGCUGACACCACCAAGUAUUGUUAGAAUAACAUAAUUAUAUUUGAAAAAUGUAAACCAAUAUUUUAACAUGAUUAAUUUAUUGAUCAUUCCAUUCCAAAGUUGUUACACUUUCUUGAUAUCACCAAUUGAGCUAGAAAUUUUGUAAAGGUUUGCAUGUGAUUGAAGUGAUAUUGUAUCAAAAGUGGAAACAUGAUUGUUGAUUUUGUAAAUGUAAUUUAAGUUACAAAUUAAAGUUAUAAAGAAAUAUUAGGAUGAAAAUGUUGGUAAGCAAUUUUUGUCUUACAAAUGUCAUUUUAAAUGAGGAGAUGAUUACAUCAUACACAUAUCCAUAUCUCAAUCUAGUCAUGUAUGUCAUUAGUGACUUAAAUUGGCUUUCUCUUAUUCAGGCAACUUAUUCCAUGCUUAAAGGGCUUUAGAGUUAAAUUAGUCAAAUGUAGUCUCUGUGACAUAAAUGGUUAAUUCGUGAAACUGUCUAAUGUAGUUCAUAUGACUAAGUCCAUUAACUGGGAGGUUCAUUUAUUCAAUACCUGAUCUGUAAUCUCUGUUUUUAUACUUCUGACCAAACUUGCACUCUUUACAGACUCUACACCUGUAAUAGCUCUUUAGUUGCCUCCAGAUAAAUACAUCUUAUUUGUGCUUAUAAUGAGGAACUAGUGUUCUCUUGUUAAAGGAAAAAAUCUGUCUGUGUUAUCAUGAAAAAUGAAGCUGAAAAAUGAAAAAAUAAAAACUAAGUUAUUUGAAUA